UAAAGGCGGGAGCACAACGACUACGGAGACCAGAGGAACCAUUCUGAGAGAGAAGGAAGACGAAAAGGUUCGCUUCAAUGGCUUCUUCUUCUUCGUCGACGUUGUUAUCGUCGUCGCCGUUCGAUUUCUCGGCUUUACCGGUCAUGUCGCUCAAGGAGAGAAUCGUUGAGAAAAUUCGCAAGAAUCGCAUCACGCUUAUCGUCGGCGAAACUGGCUGUGGUAAGAGCUCUCAAAUUCCUCAGUUUCUUCUGGACGAAGACAUGGGGCCCAUUCUUUGUACGCAGCCUAGGCGUUUUGCUGUAGUUGCCAUUGCGAAUAUGGUUGCUAGAGCUCGUAACUGUAACGUGGGAGAAGAGGUUGGAUAUCAUAUAGGUCACUCGAAGCACUCAUCGGAAAGAUCGAAGAUUGUUUUUAAAACGGCUGGGGUUUUGUUGGAAGAAAUGCGAGACAGGGGGUUAAAGGCACUCGAUUACAAGGUGAUUGUACUUGAUGAAGUGCACGAAAGAUCUGUGGAGUCUGAUCUUGUUCUUGUGUGCGUGAAGCAGUUUCUGUUGAAGAACCAUGAUCUCAGGGUGGUAUUGAUGUCAGCAACCGCUGAUAUUGGAAGGUAUAGAGAUUAUUUCAAAGAAAUUGGUAGAGGUGAACGUGUUGAAGUGCUUGCAAUCCCUAGCUCAAGCCAGAAAACUUUCUUUGAACGUAAGGUUUCAUAUCUUGAAGAGGUAAAUGAAUUACUUGGGAUUGAGUCAGAUUUACAAUCUUCUAAUGGUUUCAGCCCUUCCACAUCUUCUGUGGAAAUUAAGCCUGAAGUGCACAAACUGAUUCACAAUCUGUUGUUGCAUAUUCAUAAGAAUGAGUCUGACAUUGAAAAGAGUAUCUUGAUUUUUCUUCCCACGUAUUAUUCACUGGAGCAACAGUGGCAUCUUCUGAAGUCACUUAGUUCUUUUAAGGUUUAUAUUUUACAUAGCAGUAUUGACAUUGAGCAAGCCUUGACAGCAAUGAGGAUUUGGAAAUCACAUCGUAAGGUGAUAUUAGCAACAAAUAUUGCUGAGUCAUCCGUCACAAUACCAAAAGUAGCAUAUGUAAUCGAUUCAUGCAGGUCUUUACAAGUGUUUUGGGAUAAUAAUCAGAAAAAGGACUCCGCACAGGUUGUCUGGAUUUCUAAAUCUCAGGCUGAGCAGCGUAGAGGAAGGACUGGUCGAACCUGUGAUGGCCAAGUUUAUCGAUUGGUACCAAGAUCAUUUUACCACAAAUUUGAAGAUUUUGAACGACCAGCUAUACUGAGGUUAUCAUUGAGGCAGCAAGUGCUUCUAAUUUGCUCAACAGAAUCAAAAGCAAUUAACGAUCCAACUGUUUUGCUGCAGAAAGCUCUCGAUCCACCUGAUGGCAAUGUUGUUGAAGAUGCAUUGAAUCUUCUUGUUCGCAUGAAAGCGCUUAAAAAAACUCCAAGAGGCCGAUAUGAACCUACAUAUUAUGGAAGUCUACUAGCCAGUUUCUCACUGUCUUUUGAUUCUUCUGUGCUGAUACUAAAGUUUGGAGACAUCGGAAUGCUCCAUGAAGGAAUUUUGCUAGGCAUAUUAAUGGAUACACAGCCUUUACCAGUACUUCGUCCGUUUGGAGAGAAUAAUUUGUAUGCAGAGUACAUAAAAAGCUACUUCGAUGGAGAGAGCAUUGAUACAAUUCCACUUGGAUUUAAAGAAAUGGCAUUGAUAGGAAACUUGCAUGCGUUCCAGUUCUGGGAAAGAGUUUAUAAGGAUAAAAUUCGUGUCGAAUAUUUGAACAAACUCGUGAAGUCUGAUGAAAUACAAGCUACGACAUCAACACCUUCCAAGGAUGAAGAAGAAUGGUGUUCUUUUCACAGUCUUGUGCAUUCAUCUCUAAAUCACGUCUCUGAAAUGUAUGAAGAUAUCAUACAUACAUUGCACCAGUUUCGACCCAGAUUUUUGGGUAUGUGCGACAUUCUAAGAUCAUCCAACACUCCUCAGUUUCAACAUUCAUGCAUUCUCAAAUGUCACGAAAAUGGAGUUGACCAAUCAAGUGAAUCAAGAACCUGUGCAUCUCUACCAUAUGUUGCUUCCAGCUAUCCCCGAACUAAUCAUGUAGCUGGGAAGUUGGCAGAUGUUAUCAAACAGAUGAAAGUUAUUUAUGGAGAAGAACCAAACAAUCAGUCCUUAAGUUCUUUGAACAACGAUUUUGAUGUCCAUGAUGGGACCGCUCUUUGUGUUUACUUUGUCAAUGGAUCCUGCAAUCGAGGCGAUCAGUGCUUGUUUUCACAUUCACUGCAAUCAAGGAGAGCCACUUGCAAAUUUUUCUUCUCUCUCCAGGGUUGUCGAAAUGGAGAUUCUUGUUUCUUUUCUCACGAUCAGAGUCCAUCAAAUUCUCCUUCAUUUGAAUCAACUCUAUGCCUGCCAGAAGACGAAAAAGCUCAUGCUUUGACGCUUGAAAAAUAUUUUCCUAAAUCAGGUGGCUACAUUCUUGUUAUGGAUGAUGCCGGGUUUCAUUUCUCAUCAAACUUGGCUCGUCACUGCGAUCCAUCCAAAAUAAUUUGUACAACUAAUAUUUCACGUUCAGACGUCUAUGAUGCAGCACUAAAGGACGCAAGAAAAUUUUGGGAACUUUCCCACCCUGAUGAAACCAUCAUUUCCAGUGGGAAAAAUCAAAUUCCCUGGUUUGAUGUUAAAUGUAUAUUGUGGUUUCCACGUUUUGCGAGUUCGAAGGAAAAUCUGGUCAUAGAGAAGCUUCUGCUACAGAAUUUCUUUGAUCUUCUGGCUGUCCGGAUGUUGGCUACUGCACUUCAUGGGGUUCGAGUCAUUCUCACCAUGAAUAACAUCAGAUUUUCACAACUUCAGGUUGAGAAGUUGGGGAGAGAUAGCUUUUUCACUCUAACAGAGUCAUUUCCAUACGACGAAAAAAGCUUCGGUGAGUUGCCAGACAAAGUAACAACUAAAAAGGCAAUGUUGAUGUCUCGGCCAAUCUCCUAUGUUUUUGUCUUGCAACCACCUAGUGCCGUCCAGUUUGGUAAUUACCGUAUGACACUCCAUCGAUGCCUACAGGACAUCGAGGGAAGAAGUAACAAGGAGAUCUCCCUGGUUCGUCCUUAGUCUCAUUGUUAAGGAAAUAUAUAUUUUGUUUAUAUCAUGUGUGCAUUCAUUCUACGUACGUAAAGAAGCCUCCUAACUUAGGUGAAGCAAGGACUUAGGACGCUUAUGAUCCGUAUGGUAAUGUGAAUAGUUUAGUUUUAGUAAUUGGGAUUGGAGAAAGGAAAGUAUUAUUAUGUUGUGUUAUAUAUAUUGACAAUGACAUAAAAGAUGCAUAUAUUGGUAAAGUGAGUUAAACUCAUUCGUGGCUUUGAGGU